UCCUCAAUAAUAAGACUGUCCAGCGUGAUGAACUCUCUCCAGUUCCUGGAUAGCUUCAAUGGACAGCCAUGUGAUUUAGAAACUCCUGCAGCCUCAGAAUUCGGCUACCAGAGGGAGGAAACGAGUUAAAAGCCUGAAGCUUUAAACUUACUUUCAGUCCGGGUUUGGUCUACAGACUACAGCUGGCUAAUGGUGAUUUCUCUCUCCUUGUCUGAGAUUCAUAAACAAGGCGGGGGGAACAGAAUUGCUGAAGAAGAGGGCUGUUUUAUCCCCGUUUCCCCCUAGCAGAGUGGUAGCUUCCAUUCAGAACUCCGUCGAUUCACACGCUGAGUUAUGUAGUGGAAGACCCCAAGAUAACGGGAAAGAGCACUUCAGGUGCCAGUCGCUUCAUAGCGGGGAGCCUCAUUUACUUUCCUGGCUCCAGUUUCCCCACUCCCACCCCAUCCUGCGCCCUGUCCCCUUCCUUUCCUGUCUGGACAGACCACGAAAAUGGAUGGAGUCUUACUAGGCUGGACUGCUUUCCUGUGGGUAACAGCUGUGACUGACGGGCUUCAUGUCAUGGUACCUGAGAAGAAAAAGGUGGCCAUGCUCUUUCAGUCUGUUCAACUUCGAUGCCAUUUUUCAACUUCUUCCACACAACCAGCUGUGGUACAAUGGAAGUUCAAAUCUUAUUGCCAAGACCGCAUGGGAGAAGCUCUGGGAGUGGUCUCUGCAGGGAUACAGGCGGUGAGCAAGAGGAACCUGGAAUGGGAUCCCUACUUGGACUGUGUGGACAGCAGAAGAACAGUCCGCAUUGUGGCUUCCAAGCAGGGCCGUAAGGUCACAAUUGGAGAUUUCUACAAGGAAAGAGAUGUCAGCAUUGUCCACGAUGCAGACCUCCACAUUGGAAAACUGAUGUGGGGAGACAGUGGGUUGUAUUACUGUCUCAUUGUCACACCUGAUGAUGUGGAGGGCAAGACUGAAGAGUCGAUGGAGCUGCUCGUUCUGGGCAGGACAGGGCUGCUUGCUGAUCUCUUGCCCAGUUUUGCUGUGGAGAUUAUGCCAGAAUGGGUAUUUGUGGGCUUGGUGAUCCUGGGGAUUUUCCUUUUCUUCCUUCUGGUUGGGAUCUGCUGGUGCCAGUGCUGUCCUCAUAGCUGCUGUUGCUAUGUCCGCUGCCCCUGCUGCCCAGAUACUUGCUGCUGUCCACGGGCAUUGUAUGAAGCAGGAAAGGCUGCAAAGGCUGGAUACCCUUCAGCAGUCACAUCAAUCCCUGGGCCUUAUUAUAUUCCUUCAGUCCCUGUGGGUGGAGUCCCAUCUCAUGCUGUCUUGAUGGAGAAGUCACACCUUCCUCCUUUGGCAGCAAGUGAAUCCAGUGCAGGAGGACAAAGUGUGCGCAAAGGGUACCGAAUCCAGGCUGAAAAAGACAGAGAUUCAAUGAAGGUGCUGUACUAUGUUGAGAAAGAAUUGGCUCAGUUUGAUCCAGCUAGGAGGAUGCGAGAGAGAUACAAUAACACCAUCUCAGAGCUCAGCUCCUUGCAUGAGGAAAAUGCCAGCUUCCGCCAACCUUACCGCCAAGUGCGCAGAAAGCCACUUCCUCCUUCAGGAGAUAUGGACGGUGAUGCAGAGUACUGGGCAGGUGUCAUCAGUGGAGGUGGCGCAUCUAAGCCACAGACAUGCUCUGAUUACAGGGUGGAGAGGGGCAGUUUCAGGCUCAGCCAGCAGAGAUCAAAGUCAGAAAUGCUCUCAAGGAAGAGUUUCUCCAUGGGAGUGCCAGCUGUCUCCAUGGAUGAACUUGCAGCUUUUGCAGAGUCCUACAGUCAGCAUGCCUGUCGGACAGAAGGAACUCAGGAGCCCCGGCGCUUUGAGAGAUCAGGAUCAAGAGGAGCCCGGGGGGGUGGAGCACAACACCUAGAAAACCCCUCAGAUGAGUAUUACAGCAAGCACAGGGGAGGAAACCGUGAGCCACUGACAGAUUCAGAUCGGGGCUGGACGUAUAGCCCACCCAGGAGACGUACUCAUGAAGAGAAACGUUUGCCUAGGCUAGUGUGUCGGACACCAGGAGGAAGUCAGAAGUAUGACCACUCCUACCUCACCAGUGCCCUUGAGAGGAAAUCUCGAAGCUAUGAUGAGGGUGGUGAGCAUAGUGGGACACCUUCAAAGCUUAGCUCACAGUCCAGCCAAAGAGGAGGGACAUACUAUGCUUGGUCACCACCACCUGCUUACAAAGCAGAACAGCAGCCGCCGCCUCCACAGCAAGAGCAAGGGGAUGACACGCUGCCACCAUACAGUGAAAUGGAGUUGAGUCGAGGUCCUUCAUACCGAAGCAGAGAACAAUCUAAUCUCAGCACCUCAGAUAAGAAAAGGAAGAAAGAACCCAAAAAAACAAAUGAGUUCCCAACAAGGAUGUCCCUUGUGGUGUGAUGCUAUUGUAGAAGAAUUCUCUUAAUGGACUGGGAAAACAGAAACGAGCAUAGUGCUACGCCAUAUAGGCUACAAGGAUGUGUGCUUCCACCAGAUAUAUUCAGACUCUUGUCUGUUUCAUCAUGUGAAUGGGGGUCUUACGCAGAAGCUAGUUCCGACCAGCUCCUCUCAUCCAGUUAACCCCUUGAAAAGAGGUAGCUCACUCCACAAGGAAAUGAAAUGUGAACAUUUAUUUCGCCAAGCUUGUCUUCUGAUUUUUCAUGGCAAAGAUGGUGCCUCCAUAUUUUUACCCUGAGUCAUCUUUGUGCCUAUAGUAUUAGGGGAGCUGCUUUCUUGUAUAAUAUAAAUUCUCUUCCCGAUAUGACAUACUCCUCAUGUAUACUGCUCUGCCUCCUAUAUUUUACAGGGAAAGUUGCCACAGGUUCAGGGGGCUCUCACAAUUUGCGCUUUAUUUCCAUGUUGAGACUACAUGAGGUUACUUCAAAAUAAGAGUGGCAUUUUCAAGAUAAGCUGCAAAAGACGCUGUUCAUCCUUUUGGAAAUGAUCCUAAACAGAGACCUGGCACGGUGCACUAAAUAGGACAGGGUAAUAUUGAAUGAUAUAUUGGAGUUCUUGUGUUGUUUUUUUAAUGUCCUCCUCAUUCAGUAAUGGGAGCCACCAGUGAAAGUAAUGUUUUGUUUUGAAAGUGAAACUCAGUAGAUUUUGCUGUAAUGAGAAUGUGCCAUGUUAUUUUAUUGUUGUCUGAUAUGAUGUAUCAGCAUUGCCUUAUAGUUGAACUAUAGCCAUAAAAGGCUUCAGCUAGUUCUGCUGAUUGGUCCUAUCAUAAGCAGAGCUUGAGCUUGGGCUCUGCUGACAGUACUCUCUGGACAAGGAUUUAUUUUUAAUAAAGCCAACUAGUAGACAACAACAGACCUAGAAUGAGAAAAUCAGCGUGCAAAGGGGGGAAAUAGCCAUUGCUUUUAUACUAAUAUAAGGACCAGUAUUACUUCUUUCUGGUAAUUGGCUGAGGCCAUUCAAUAAGGCAACCAAAAAUCUGAACAAUAAAUAUGUUGGAU